AUUUCCGGCUACGUCAGGGCGUCAGGUCUCCAUUAGAGUUGCAGCUGUUUUGAGAGAAACAUCAACAAAAACGAGCUGACAUUAGGCUCUGAGUCUGGCAACAAGGCCUUCAAUCUGGAAGCGUAACCUAAAUUUCCCACCCGGAGCUUAGCCGGUUUCUAACCACGGCCGCUCUCGGUGAGGAAACUCUGGCCUCCGCUUCCUCCUCCUCCGACUCGGACACCGGCGGAGCGUCGCCGCCCCCGCGGAAAAAACACCGAGCCUCGGCGGCGGAGGGAGCAGGAGAGCCCGGGGCUUCAGCUGUUGUAACAGGCCUCUCCGGAAUUGUUCUAGGACUUGCCGCACACUCUCAAACCACCUCUACCAUCCACUUUAAUCGAAGUGUUGUUAACAACUUUAGCAGCAGCAUGCAGUCUAACGGGGCAGGACAGGGACAAGAAUCAUCUGAGCUUCCCUGCCUGAACAGCGCACAAAACGGGGAGUCAUCCUCGGCCGGUGGAACCCACUCAAACGGGCUUCUGUCCAACGCGGACAACGGUAACGGUGUCGGUACCAGUAACGGAUCUUCCGUUGGACCCUGUUCGGGGACUUCGGCUACCUCUACGGCCUCGAGCUCGGAGGUGGGCUCGUUGAAGAAGAAGAAACGGCUGUCGCAGGCGGAGGAAGAUGUCAUACGAUUAAUAGGACAACAUCUCCACGGACUAGGGCUCAAUCAGACGGUGGACCUGCUGAUGCAGGAAUCAGGCUGCAGAUUGGAGCACCCUUCAGCGUCCAAAUUCCGCAACCACGUCAUGGAGGGGGAGUGGGACAAGGCUGAGAAUGAUCUCAACGAGCUGAGAGCACUGAUGCAUUCUCCCAACGCCAUUGUGCGUAUGAAGUUCCUGCUGUUGCAACAGAAAUACCUAGAGUAUCUGGAGGACGGCAAGGUCCUGGAGGCUCUGCAGGUUCUCCGGGGAGAGCUGACGCCACUCAAAUACAACACCGAUCGGAUCCACGUACUCAGCGGGUACCUAAUGUGUAGCCAUGCCGAGGAUCUCCGGGCCAAGGCAGAGUGGGAGGGCAAGGGCACAGCCUCGCGCUCCAGGCUGCUGGAUAAAUUACAGACAUACCUGCCUCCCUCUGUGAUGCUGCCUCCUCGGCGACUACACACCCUGCUGCGCCAAGCGGUGGAACUGCAGAGGGAUCGCUGUCUUUAUCACAACACCAAGCUGGAUAACAGCCUGGAUUCAGUCUCCCUUCUCCUCGAUCAUGUCUGCAGCAGGAAACAGUUUCCUUGUUACACCCAGCAGAUUCUGACAGAGCAUUGUAAUGAAGUGUGGUUCUGCAAGUUCUCAAAUGAUGGCACCAAACUAGCAACUGGCUCCAAAGACACUACUGUCAUAAUUUGGCAAGUGGACCCGGAGAGCCACCAACUGAAGCUGCUGCGAACCCUGGAGGGGCACGCUUACGGAGUCUCCUACUUAGCCUGGAGUCCUGAUGACACCUACCUGAUCGCCUGUGGACCUGAUGAUUGCUCUGAACUCUGGCUCUGGAAUGUUCAGACGGGGGAGCUGCGGACCAAGAUGUCCCAGUCCCACGAAGACAGUCUUACCAGUGUGGCCUGGAAUCCUGAUGGGAAACGCUUUGUCACCGGAGGACAAAGGGGGCAGUUUUAUCAGUGUGACCUGGAUGGUAACUUGUUGGACUCCUGGGAGGGUGUAAGAGUUCAGUGCCUGUGGUGCCUGAGCGAUGGGAAGACUGUGCUGGCCUCGGACACCCAUCAACGUAUCAGAGGGUACAACUUUGAGGACCUCACAGACAGAAACAUAGUUCAAGAGGACCACCCUAUCAUGUCUUUUACCGUUUCAAAGAACGGUAGAUUAGCUUUGUUAAAUGUAGCAACUCAGGGAGUGCACCUGUGGGAUCUUCAAGAUCGGGUGCUUGUGAGGAAGUACCAAGGAGUGACCCAGGGCUUCUACACGAUCCACUCCUGCUUUGGAGGACACAACGAAGACUUUAUCGCCAGUGGCAGCGAAGACCAUAAAGUGUAUAUCUGGCAUAGGCGUGGCGAACUUCCUAUUGCCGAGCUCACAGGCCAUACACGCACCGUUAACUGUGUGAGCUGGAACCCAGCCAUCCCGGGCCUCAUGGCGUCCGCCUCAGACGAUGGCACAGUGCGCAUCUGGGGUCCUGCUCCAUUUCUCGAUUCGCAAGAAGCAGACGGAGUCAACGAAAACAGCAGUAACAUGGACAGUUGAUGGUGACCUACAGAGCAGAUGAUGUCUCAAUUUGACAACAAUCCACGAAUCCUACAAUAAAACAAAAAGUAAACGGGCAAAUAAAAUUUGAUAUCACCUGAAAGAAAGUGAAGAAAACCCAACAAAUGUCACCGACCCAUCAGAGAAAACAAAAGUGAGAAAAAUGUGGCUCCAGACCGGCCUGGACAAUUAGUGGACGUCAUGAUGGACUCCCUGGAAUUUCAGGUCCUCAUCCAAAACAAAUUUGGAUCCCUUUCUAAAGGCCUGGAAAGUCAGUCAGUGCUCAGUGGGAUCUUCCUCUGAUGAACUGUAACACCUGUUCUCCUCACUUCUAACUGACCCCCUCGUCCUCCAUUUUGCUCCACUGUCAGUAGACAUGCCAGGUCCUUGCAAGUAUCUGAGGAAAUCCAUGACUACCCUGAGCUUGGUGCCCGCUGCAUCUUCUCGAUGCCUCCAGAUGGACCGAGCAGACCAGCCCUCUCCUUGCCGGACUACAUCCGUCUGCCCAGUUGUCUCAGACUCUCUAAUGUCUCUAUGGACAUGGGUGGGGAUCUGUUGUUGGGGAGGAUGGUGCGUAGGGGGCUAUAGUAGGUCUUGUGUGUGUUUUCCUUUACCCAUUUUACUUGUUAAAUUCUUCAGUCAUUUGGACAAAAGCUGAGAAUUCAAGGUGAAAUCACCGAGCGACCAGCUGACAAAGAACACCAAUUGCUAUGCUGUUUGAAGUUUUUUUUUUUUUUAAAUGAUAGUCAUAGCGUUCAUUCUUGUUUUAGAGGUGAACCUUAGCUCAUUUAGUGCCCAAGGGAAAACUUCGGCAUUAAGAUUCCAGUUUCUGUUUCUCAGCAUUAGAGGGGAAAAAAAAACUUAAAUUCCCUAAUUUAACAUCGGUCACGGACAUCUCCCAAUAUUCCCUCCCUCCUGUCGAGCUAGCCUGUACACAACUCCAUUAAAUCUGCUUAGGAGGUGGACAGAGUGAUCCACAGGUUACAUAUCCACUGUGAGGGGGUCACACACUGUUGGCGGGGUGUGCUUUCCACCAUCGAGACAUGCAUAUAUAUAUAUAUAUAUAUAUAUAUAUAUAUAUAUAUAUAUAUAUAUAUAUAUAUAUAUAAACCAGAAAGAGACAUGGAGUGCAACUUCAUUUGCACACUUAGUGACUGCUGUCCCUCCUGUGUGAGAUUGGAUGUGUGUGAGUAAUAGUGACAGAGUGAAUUUUUUGCAUGCACACAGUAGAGCGAGAGUGGACAUUAUUGGGUGCAGAUUUAAUUGGCGCGUGGUUUUUUGUAUGUGUGCAACUCGCACCAGCAGAAGAUUCUCUCCCCUCUUCUCCCUUGUCCCUCGUUUUCAUAGUAAACUUAGGGAUUUUAAACCAGUUCUGAGUUAUCCAAACCCUCAUAGGGACCUCCAUCUGUGGAACAAAGAGAACAAGCGAGCCAUUUUGUAAAAAAGAAAAAACUAUUCUUUUGGGUUUUUUUUAUAUGGGACUUUAAUUUUUACAUUAGAAUAUGUUUUGUCCUCAAAGAUGCAGCAUUCAAACGGCACUGAGAUGUUGACAGAUUUGUUGGGUGAAGCAAAGCAAAAUACAAAAAAAUAAAUAAAUGCAGUUGAAGUGAGACAUUUAGAAAGAGGCUGAAAGGUGUUAUCAGUAGGCAUGGGCCGGUAUAAGACUCUAAAAAAAAUAAUACGGCUUCAAGGUAUUGCCUUAUUUCCAAAAAACGUUCAAGCAAAAAUGUAGAAACAUGAUCCAGAUUUUUAUUUAGAACACAACGCCAACAAUCAUUCUUACUGCUGCUAACAUAUGGUCACAAAUUGAUUAUUGCAGUUAUAUUAAUGUUGUAUUUAAUAUUUAUUUAUUAUUCUGAAGUAGACUUGGAACAAAAUAUGAACACCCAAGUUUUAUAGAUUUUCAAGUGCUUAGUGCCUAAGACCUGACCCCUUUUUGCUCUUCUGCUCUUCACUAAGUAACGAGUAGGACGAGCUGGUUAAUUAAUUAGACUAUCUGCGCCAGUAGCUAGCCUGCAAUCAGCUGCUUAACAGCUUUCCAACUGAAGUUUUAAAAUAGCAUUACCUUAGAAGGGUUAGCCACUGGUAUAGGGAAAUGUUUACUCUGUGCUCCAUACAGCUCAAGAUCAUUCUCUCUUUUUCUCUGGGAUCUUAUUGAAAGGACUUUAAACAGUAAGAAUGACAGGAUAGAAUUGUUUUAGGGCUCUGACUUUUUUUUUUUUAAAACAUUCAUAUACCUUCAUACCAUUAACCGGCCCAUGCCUAGUUAUCAGCAAAGGGUUAUUUCAUCAGAGAAGUUGGUGGAUGUAAUUAUGUGACAACUUGCUAGUAGAAAGAAGAGGCACCAGUAACUAAAAGAACACUCUGAGCAGAUAUGUUGGGACUUUUGCAAUCCCGAAUCAAAACAACACAAACUGCCUUCCUGUUCCUCCACUUGCACAGAAGCCCCUCGGUAUGUACGACUCCCUCACUGCACUUUGUGUGGUCUUUCUGCUCUCCUGCACAUAAAGCGGCGGCAUAAAUUUUUAGCCGGUUGCCACACAAAAGGUUACAUCAGGAAAGAUUUCAAAACCUGACAGGAGAUUUCAAGAAGAGUAGAGUCCUCACCAUGUGAGUGAGCGGCCCAAACAUGAUGAAACUCAGCAUUAUAUGGCAUAGCAGUCUCAUCUUGAAGGUACCACUCGGAGUUUAGAGGGAGUUCAGCAUCAACAUCCCCUUUGCUCUCCAGCCAAGUUAUUUGGUGGUCUUUGCACCAUUUAAAGCUUUCUUCCUCCCUUAUUUCAGGAUAUGUCAUGACAAUUUGCUACAGACUGAUAUAGUAAAAUGUUUAAACCAGUGCUUCUGUCUGUUUUUAUUGAACUUUUUUGUUACUUAAUUUUUUUUCUUUUUGUUCACGUAUAUCAUUUUUGGUUGAUCUUUAUCCCUGUAUGAUCAUAUUAAAAUAUAACCAGACA